AUGGCACUUGCUCUUCACGUGUUCUUCGUCCUUUGUGGGAUCAGUGGAGUGUUGACUGGAGCCUGGUCUUGGCGUCGCCAUAAGGACAAAGAUGCCUGCUGUCCUGAGGGCUGGACCCAGUUGGAUGACCACUGUUACAUCUUCCAAUAUGAAGUCAGGCCUUUUGCAGAUGCAGAGCGUGUUUGCAAAAUUCUUGGUGGGAAUCUGGCCUCCAUCCACAACUACCUGGAAAAUGUGGCUGUUGCAGGACUGAUUAAAGACGGAGGCGCCGACUUUGCCUGGAUUGGCCUCCAUGAUGCGAUUGAGAAAGGACACUAUUUUUGGACUGACGGCAAAGACUUUGAUUUCGAUAACUUUGCCCUCGGCAAGCCUGACGGCACCGGUGCCUGUGUUGAGCUUUAUGCACCUGAUCAAACAUUUUUCGAUGAGGACUGCACCGUAUACCACCCCUAUGUUUGCGCCAGAGAUACCUACUACUGUGGCAGCCACUAGUCAGACCUCUUAGCGUCAUCUUCUACAACAACAUCUUUCACUAAAUCAC